AUGACUGCAAUUGACUGUGUAGUUGAAGCUAGCGAAUCAUUAUAUAGAGUCAUUACCGAGGAGCUUUCUAAGCAGUCCACUAAAAAGUACAAUCAUGACAAAUUCAGCUUACUUGAUCUUGAUAACUGGAGGUCAGAUGUUCUACCUGCUACACUUGCAGAUAGGUAUAAAGAGACAAACAAAGUGUGGUUAAAUAAAGACGAAUUGAUUUUACUUAUGGAUUGGAAGCUAGCAAAAGGGGUAUACAGACCAAUGCUACCAAAAUUAAUCAAAUCAAAUGAUAGAGUUGAACAAAUUACUGAAGAAGGCUAUGAAAUAUUCUUGAACUUCGUAAAAGACACCAAGAGCAGAGACUUCUGGCACAAUGAGAAGAAUAAAAAUGAUUACAUCACCAUGAUAAAGGCAUCUUUUAAAAAGCUAUGUGAAUUACGUGGUGUUGGUCCUGCAACAGCCAGUUUAAUAUUGUCUCUAUGUACUCACAUAAGUAAAGAAUUCGCUCCCCCAUUCUUUAGUGACGAAAGUUUCAUAUACUAUAUCAUUGAGCCAAAUAGACCAGACACAAAAAUUAAGUAUAACAUGAAAGAAUACACACAAGAAUUGCUCCCUCUAUAUUUUGAUAUUAUGAAUAGACAUAGCAAUUUAAGUAUGAAUUUGCUAGAGAAAGGUGGCUGGGCCAUUAAGACGUAUGACACUUUUAGGAUUGAUAAAUUGAUUGAUAUAAAACUUCCUUUCGAAGCAUCCAAUGAUGUGUUAUUAAAAUUCGAGGACUUCAAAGAGGCAAAGGAGGAACCAAGGCGUAAGAAACUCAAAUCAGGUUGA